AUGUUUGCUGUUCGAUUGCAACGCGGCGAGCAUGUCAGCAAGCUUGCAGAGUUGGGACAAUAUGAAAGAAUGCAAGGCCGCCUUGCACGACCACCGGAAAAGCUUGGGCUUGGCUUGGGCCUCGGUAAUCUUUCCUCUGACAGGCUGCUUCACAUAGCCGUCGGAUGUGGUCGCGAAGUGUUGCUCCAGCUUUGCAAGAUGUCCUUGCCGAUAUCCCGGAGCCGCCGGAGCCAUGAGCUGAACAGACGCCCUCCGGCGACGCAGACGCUUGGCUGCAUGCUGGCCAGUGGCGAUGUUGGCUUCUCUUUGCCCUGGGUCUUCGAAGCAGCACGUUCUGCAACACCUUGCAGCCUAGUGCCUUGGUUGGAAAACUGGCAGCGAUUCUUCAGCCUGCCGUCUCAAGCCCUUUACGGUUCUGUGCUGGGAGGUUCGACCAGACUUCCGAGGAGGCAGGGCAACUGGAUCGAGGUGUCCGAAUCGGCCGCUUUGGAGGCAGCUGAUAACGCCACAGUACUACCUGUCUUUCCGCUUUCUAGCAUCUACUGGCCGGGCACGGAAGCGCGAUUGAACAUCAUCGACCCUGCAUACAUCAAGAUGUACGAUGAUAUCUUGCUCUCUGGUUCACGCCGAUUCGUCGUACCAUAUACUCGAUCUCUGCCCGGCGGACGUGUGAGAUAUGCAGAGAUGGCUCCAAAGGACCGGCGUCUCUUCCACAUCGGCUCGCUGCUGUAUCUCACAGAUCUGCAAGAGGUGAGCAGCCAAACUGGCGACAGAGUAAAGUACGUCGUGAGCCACGAGGUCCAGGGGCGCGUCAAGCUGCUUCGCUUGCUGAAUCCCUCUGCGUUGUUUGAAACCGACAGUGAGGGCAACAAGGUGAACUAUCUCAAGGCGGAAGUGGAGAUGCUCUCUGAGCAACCGGAGGAGGAAAUACCAGAAAAUCCAGGGCCGAAAAUGUGGAGGGAAAAUCUGUUGUCAUCAUGGCGACAGCUGCACAACUUGUCCCAGCAAUUCGAAGAGCCCCGUGUGGGCGAGGACUUCUUUGUGAAGAUUGGGCCCAAUGUGUCCACCUGGGUGUUGUCUGCUGCUUGGCAGGAGCUGCAGGUGGCCACGCAAGUGGACCGUGGCCAAAAGCGCGCCUUGCAGGACGUUGAGCAGUUUCUCAAGGCCAUGAAGGAGAAAGACUCGAAGAUCUCGGGCCAGGAAGCCCUCCAGCGAGUCCCACGCGGCCUGCUGCGAGCUCUGUCCGGCAACGUAGAGCUUUCCUCGGAGUUCUGGGAGCCCCUCCUGCAAAUACUGGCGACUCAGGGCGCGGAGGAGAGAGGGCAACUCUUGUUAGAGCUCAUACAGAACGAGCUCAAGCUUUCCAGCACACGCUUCUCUUUGAAACAGGCUUUGUCUGACCAGGAAUAG